AUGGCACUUAUAUCCUUAGCUGACAAAAUCUUUAUAACGGACUUGAUCAAUAGCAAGAUCUUUGUGGGCGAGAACAGUGGCUUCGACUUCCACGGCGAGGACAUCCGCGAAAUCCCACUGAGCGGGGUUAAAGCUCCUACAGGUAUUGACUACGAUUACCGGACCGACAAGAUUUACUGGAGUGAUGAGAAGGCGAGGACAAUCAAUCGAGCUUCACUUGAUGGUUCGAACCAGGAAAUCUUGAUUGAAGGCAUUGGAUACCCGCAAGGAAUCGUCCUAGAUUUAAUGACGAACAGGAUGUUUUGGACUGAUACUCUGUUAGGACAGAUAGUGAGUUCUAGCCUACUCGGGUCUAACCGACGCACCAUUAUUAGUACGGGCCUUUUAUAUCCAUGGGGAAUCACAUUGUCUCAAAAAAGAGGGUGAGUGUAAAUGAAAAACGUGCCAUCUCUCUUUCUCUCAUAGACAG